AUGGAUAUCAAAACCAGAAUUAGCAAAUAUAAUUGGAGCAGAUGCUCGGUAACAGAAAGACCCUAUAAAUCUAUUAGGAAUAAACUGACUAUCGAGAAAGGAAUUGUAUGUAAUGGUGAUCUUAUUGUACCUCCUAAGACAAUGAGAAAGAUCUUCAUCAAAUCGACCCAUGAUGAUAUACAUUGUGGCAUAAUGCAAACGCGAUGUAGAUUAAAAUUGGAAGUCUGUUGGCCUGGCUACUGUCAAGAUGUUGAAGAAUAUGUGAAAAACUGUGAAAAAUGUGCCGAAAUAAAAGUGAAGAAGGAAAAGACAUUACAUACAUGGCUAAGUGAAAAUAAACCUCGGUGUAGAGUACAUAUGGAUCAUGCACAUGUACAGGGUAUCGUACUGUUUUUGAUUUUAGUAGAUUCUUUUUCUGGAUGGCCGGAAGUUAUUAAGGUAAAUAACUGUGAAGCGGCUACUGUAAAGGCAGUACUACAAAGUGUUUUUUCAAGAAAUGGAGUUCCAGAGGUUUUAGUAUCCGACAAUGCUGCGGAAUUUCAUGAUACCACCUUACACCAGUGGCUAAAGAAAAUCGGUUGCGUGCCUUAUAAGACUCCACCUUACCACCCUCAACCUAAUGGAGCAGCUGAAAGAAUGGUAGAGACAGUCAAGAUGGGUUUAAGAGCUUAUUCACCAGACAAAGGUUUAUUAUGCGGAUAUUUAAGCUUUUAA